UGAAAGUAUUCAACAUAGUCACGGCUAAACUCUCUGCUGCUUGAUUUGAUUAAAGAAGUGCUACUUGAGCAAUUAUCUUAGUUCAAAAUGGCUUCACCAAGUGAUCAUAAAACUGGUGUAGCGUUUUCAGGCGGUGGAGUCCGAUCAGCAGCCUUCUGUUCUGGUGUUCUACGAAGAUUACUACAAAAGAGAGUCGCCAUCGACUAUUUGAGUAGCGUGUCUGGUGGUGGAUAUACAGCCGCGUCGUACAUGGAAUGGAAAUACCGUCACGGCAAAAAGGACGAUCCAGCUUGGCACAAAGAGUACUUUGAGAAUUUACGAAAGUAUGCUAACCCGUUAUGUGAUUGCUUCAAUCCUCUCCGUGGAAUUGUGGAUUGUGUUGUGUUGCUGCUUGCUCUUCUGUUUCUAUCCGUUGGACUUUCCCUGCUUAAAGCCUUCUCGUUUGUAGUUCCCAUCACCUYCAUCAUUGARCUCUUUUUUGGUGACAUUCUUCGGAACCAAUUUACRUGCCGUAAAGCGAAUAAUAAUAGCACAAUCGAAGGGAUUCCUAAAGCUAAACUACUUAAACUAUGUCUGCCAAGAUUUGGCCCUAAAAUGCAGGAUAUGCUCGAGAUAAUCCUACCCAUGCUUCUUUUGUUUUUACUUUURUACUAUCUCGCCACAGUUAUACAACGACGAACAAUGAAGUACUUGUUUACCUUCCUCUAUCGCGUAUCAGGAUUUGGAUUUGCUAUGAUUUUUCUCCCUUGGUUUUUGGAAAUGUAUGAAUACGUGACACCGCCGUGGGCCAAUUAUUUUUUUGUUGGUUUGGUGUUUGUASUUUGGAUUGUGUUUCCUUCCAUGAGAGACGGAGCUUUUAUAGUUCUUGUCAUCUUAGUGUACGCUUACUUUGUUAAGUGGACAGUCUUUAAGACUACUUUAGSUGGUAUAGAAUACACGGAUGAUCUGUACUGGGUAAUGGUUUGGAUAUCAGCAGUACUUUUGUGGAUUCUUCCGUACCUUGGAGUAUUGCAAAUGUAUGGUUCUCAUCUUUUCGUUGAAUGGAGACUGACAAGGGCGUAUUUUUCUCCUGAGAGCAAAGCGGCGUGCUGUUGGUCCACUAAAAAUGAAAAGCCUUUAACCUUGGCGAACCUGAAGGGCAUGCAACCAGACUACAAAUCCAACGCAACAGUUAAUAACUGGAGCAAAACAGGCGCCCAAUCUGAAAAGGACUACGAGGUUCUCACCUUCUCCCCCACCGUCAUCGAGAGGAUAGAUCUCAAAAAAGAUGAAGUAGAGUUUAUGAGAUCAGAGGGAUUUAUUAAACCGAAAGACAUUCGACUUUCUUCUGCUAUGACAACAUCUGCUUCAGCUAUCGCUUAUGACGAUGGACAAUUGCAAGAUUCCAAUAAAGCUUCCCGUGAGAUAAGAGUUGUUCUUGGAUUGGGAAUAGGAAACAAUUUAGUGGCACAGACAGGAAUCACUAAAGUAUGGAUGCCAGGGGUUGUUACCUUCCUGGUUCAACUAAUCUGGUUGAUUGCAAUUCCCACUGCACUGUACAUUGGAACGGAAGACGACUCGACGUUAUGGAAAACUGUUAUUAUGAUACUGAUUGUGUCAUAUUUUGUCGUUUUUGGUUUGAUUGCUAUAAUACCAGCAGGAAGUAAAGGAUGUUGUGGGAUAUUAACCAGGUGGUCUAUCAUCAAUAUCUUCAACGUAAGGCUCCUAAGGACGCUGUUCGACAUUACUGAUGUUGGACCCACACCCCCUCCAGUCUUGGCACUAAGUGACGGUGGUCAUUCUGAGAACCUGGGACUGCUUGCAUUGUUCAAACUCCGUCUACCACGUAUCGUGGUCGUGAAUGGAGGUGACUUGGAAAACGGUGGGAAUUAUGCCACUGAUCUUCUUCUGACUUUGCAGCAAGCUCGGGAGAAGUUACGUUGCUCUUUCACCGGACUCAGUGGUCGUGAUAUUAUCGAGGAUAUUCGCGAUCAUUUUGUAGAAAAGGAAAAAGGAGAACAACCGAGGAGUUAUCGAUUUAAAGUGCAGUAUUACCACAAAGAUGAUUUUGAAAAUAAGUGUGUUGGCGAAGGCGAGGUUUUGAUGUUAAUGCCAAGARACCCAGACGAUGGAAUGAGUCAAUUCCAAGAUUACAAAUGGAGUGAUUUUGAUGGUGACGUCAAACUAGACUUGGACGAGUCACUUUGGGGACCAGGACCAGCUUUAAAGGCCGCUGAAGUUGAUCGUUUGUCAGGUUGCUGCUGUGAAUGCUGCCAUUCCAAGCGUGCCAGUGACAUCCUAAGUCCUUUUAUGGGUGGAUUUCCUUUCCAUUCAACGGUAAACCAGUUGUUCACGUCCUCACAGCACACCGCUUACCACAGAGAAGGCUAUCACGCAUGCGUAGAYGCUAAAGCAGUUGACUUUCUUAACAAAUAUCAAAGUGUCGAAAUUAUUACUAGCCAACCACAAGGCACUGGCGUCCAAACCACUUUGAUAGACGUUACCGGAGUUUAAAAGGKCAAUUUAUGGUACAAAGCCAUUACUCGAACUAAGAAUUGCUAUGGAAAAAGAAACUGAUACGUAAAAUAUUGAAAGUUUGGUAAAUAGUAAAUAGCCGAUUUGCAAUUUCUCCUCAGCAGUCAAACAUAAAAGAAUCAAGACGAGGCACCGUACAUAAACCUCAGUCGGAUCGUGAAAAACUCACUUUGUCUUUUCACGGUUGACAGAGCUGUAUGCACGCCAUCUUGUCUUGAUUUCUUUGUGGAAGCCCUACAGAGGCAAAAUUUGCAAGUCGGUUAUUCAAAAGCUGUAGUAGCGCUAUUUGUCUAGUCAGUUUAGAGUUAAGAUCCACCCGGUUGUAACGACUACAUUGGCUCAUGCUGUUCCUGCUGACGAUGUGGUGUCUARGCAAUACUAUCGCAGUGAUUUAAAGUAUUGGGCCAACGUUUUUUUUUAUAGCAGUGUAUAAAUAGUUGUAAAAUAGGCAAGUCAACAAAAGAAUUGAUUAGCCAUAUAAAGUUCA